AUGGCGGUGCUGCUAGUAGGAGACGAAAACCUUACUUUCUCAAGCUGUCUGCUGCAGCAGCUACGUGCAGAAACCCCUAACCCUAAACUUACUGUUGCUGUUACUCUAACAGCGGAUAACUCCCGGGAAGAAGUGCUGCAGCGAGCAGCAGCAUUAAGCGCUGAGGGGGUCUCUGUCUUGUUCGGCAUAUCCCCGCUACAACUAAAGACAGAAACCCUUCAGUCGCGUUUUCAGGAGUUUAUUGCAGAAGAAGUGCUGCAGCGAGCAGCAGCAUUAAGCGCUGAGGGGGUCUCUGUCUUGUUCGGCAUAUCCCCGCUACAACUAAAGACAGAAACCCUUCAGUCGCGUUUUCAGGAGUUUAUUGCAGUGCUUCCGGGCCUCCCCUUCCACGGGUGUCCGGACUUUAUUCCGUUUGCUUCGCCUCUCUUUCAGCUGCGGCUUCAUCAUUUUAUAUUCUCAUAUCACAAGAACCCCACAAAAUGA